ACCUGCGGGCGCAGUGGACCUGACCGCUCCGCUCGUCCGCUUCCCCCCGCGCCCUGCGUAGCAUGGUUCGGGCCGCGUAUAAAAAGCUAGGCAGCUCCGGGCGCACUCGACGCGGAGAACGCGGGUCCACGCGUCUGGCUGUCCGUGCGUCCGGCCUUGGCCCACGCAGCUUUCAGUCAUGGCCUCUGGCAACGCGCACAUCGGAAAGCCCGCCCCUGACUUCAAGGCCACCGCCGUGGUGGAUGGCGCCUUCAAGGAGGUGAAGCUGUCCGACUACAAAGGAAAGUACGUGGUCCUCUUUUUCUACCCUCUGGACUUCACUUUUGUGUGCCCCACGGAGAUCAUCGCCUUCAGUGACCAUGCUGAGGACUUCCGGAAGCUGGGCUGCCAAGUGCUGGGGGUCUCCGUGGACUCCCAGUUCACUCACCUGGCUUGGAUCAACACCCCCCGGAAGGAGGGAGGCUUGGGUCCCCUGAACAUCCCCCUGCUUGCUGACGUGACCAGAAGCUUGUGUCACGAUUAUGGCGUGCUGAAGACAGAUGAGGGCAUCGCUUACAGGGGCCUCUUUAUCAUCGAUGGCAAGGGUGUUCUUCGCCAGAUCACUGUUAAUGAUUUGCCCGUGGGGCGCUCCGUGGACGAGGCUCUGCGGCUGGUCCAGGCCUUCCAGUACACAGAUGAGCAUGGGGAAGUCUGUCCCGCUGGCUGGAAGCCGGGCAGUGACACGAUCAAGCCCAAUGUGGAUGACAGCAAGGAAUACUUCUCCAAACACAACUAGGCUGGCAGACAGAUAGAGCUUGUGCUCUUGGCCCCACCCGUGCACCUGCCUGGGUUUCCUGUGCUGACCCAGGAAAGGCCUGGUCUGCCCCUCUAAACUCUGUAGUCUGGUACCCUGGAGGGCUAGGCCAAGGCCUUCUCUUGCCUCCACCUGGGAGCUGGUGAACACUGACCCCUCCCUGGGGCCCACCCAGCCUGUAGGCCUAGAGGUGACCAAUAAAGUAUUAGGAACAGA